AUGUCGACUUUCAACCCCCUUAAUGCAGACAAGAUGUGUGGGGAUACAGAUGGAACCAGCGAAUCUCGACCAUCGAGCAUAAAACCCGGCAAGCCACAGUACAGGCUUAUUGAAUACGUUGAAGACCUUGACAGAUACAGGCCCGGGGGAUAUCAUCCAUUGAAGAUUGGGGAUGACCUAGAUGACGGCCGAUAUCGACUGGUUGACAAACUUGGGUACGGAGGAUACUCGACUAUAUGGCUAGUCCGUGACCUACAGAUGGCCAGAUAUGUGGCGGUGAAAGUCAUUACUGCUGAUGCCAGUAUUUGUGCACCUGAGGCUAGUAUUCUAUGUUCUCUUGCAAAAUCGCCGUCUAGACCAGGAAGCGAAACUAUUCCAACCCUCAUCGAACAAUUCUGGGCUCUCGGCCCCAAUGGCAAGCAUAGGUGUAUCGUCGCUCCGGUGGCACGAAUGAGCCUGUUUGAUGCAAAAGAGGCUUCGACUUUUGGUCUUUUUCGGCCUAAGGUCGCGCAAUCGAUUAUUGCCCAGCUCAUCCGCGGAGUCGCAUUUCUUCACAAUGAACAUAUUGUACACAGCGGCAAUAUUCUAGUCCAGUUUCCCAAAGCUAUCGACCAGUAUUCUACACCCGAGUUAUACGAGAAAUUCGGAGAGCCUGAGCCAGAGGCUGUUAUCCGCGUGGAUGGCAAGCCAUUGUCGGAUGGCGUACCCACAAAUGUAUACGUUCCCGGUUGGUAUGGUGCUCGCAGCGAUGAUAUUGCUUUAGGAGAGGAGAAGAUCAUCCUUAGCGACUUUGGAGAAUCUUUCAAUCCUCACGAAACCCUCAGGUCCUCCUCAAAGACCCUUCCUCUCCUCCAACCACCCGAGGCCAGGUUCUCUGACGAGCCUCUCUCCUUUGCUUCUGACAUUUGGACACUUGCCUGUACUAUCUGGGAGGUUUUUGGCCAACGGCCUUUGUUUGAGGCCUUUUUCCAAACUGCAGACCGCGUCACCGCGGAGCAAGUCGAAGUCAUUGGCAUUUUACCUCCUGAGUGGUGGAAAAAAUGGAGUAGAAGGUUGGAAUGGUUCAAUGAGGAGGGCGAAUUGGAUUUGAAGCCAGACGCGCCUAUGGGUCACCACAGCAUGCGCAGGACCUGGGACAAGAGGUUUGGCUAUUGCAUACAGGGGCCUCGGGCUGAGGCCGGUUUAGAGACCGUGACAGAGAAAGAGAGGAGGGCUUUCGAGGCGAUGCUUCGGUCGAUGCUGGUCUUCCGACCGAACGAAAGAGCGACGGCACAGCAGAUAUUACACUCCGAAUGGAUGAAAGGAUGGGGACAACCAGCUCUUGAAGAGAGCUGGAGCAUUGUUAAUUCUGUGACGAAAGAGAAAUGA